AUGCCAUACUCCAUCGUUGCCUCCAAAAAGACACUGGAACAUUUGCAAGGAGCAGAUCCGUGGGCUCACUAUGACCCAUGGCGAAAAGACGGGCCCCCUGCCCCAGCCAGCAAUGCUUCCACGACGCCGAGCAGCAGCAACAGCAGUGUUCAGCAAGUGACCCAGGCUCAAAUCGCUGCACUGGAGGCCAAUUUUGACAAGAAACUCCAAAUGAAUGCCCGUCCCACCGAUGGAGAUGCCAGCAUGGACCCAACAGGCAUGGAAGGACGAAUUGCCCAAUUGGAGCACCAGUUCCAACAGGUCCAAGCAAUGCAGAUUGGCACCGAUGCCCGGGUGGGACAGCUCCAAACACAGAUCGACCAGCAAAGCAAACAACUGGGAGAUCGUAUUGAAGAGAAGCUCACGGAACAGAUGGAUCGCAUAGAACAGCUUCUAUGCAAAAGAGCACCGGGUCCUGUCAUCGGGAACAUGAAUCCGACCGGCCUUAUGGGGAAAGCCACCGAAAUUGCCGCACUUCCAACAGGGGUGUAUGCUUUUCAGGAGUCUCAUCUAACCGUUCAAGGUCUUCGUAGAUUCAAACAGGAGCUAGCCUGGUGCCAAUCAGGGUAUAGAAUCUGCCACGGGUACCCUGCCCCGCCAAAAAAUGACUCAGUGAGAACCAUCGGAGGACGCCACACAGGUACGGGAGUGCUCAGUGCCUUUCCAUGCCGUGCCAUUGACCACCAUUGGACCAAAGAACAAUUUCAAUCAGGACGUUGCCAAGCUUCUGCAGUUUUUCUUCAAGGCCGAUGGCUUACCAUGGGCACUGUGUAUGGCUACAGCGAGCGUUCACACUGCCUUGACGUGCAACAGCAGACAGGCAGUCUGUUAGAUGGCCUCAGUAGCCGUAUUGUUGACGGGUCCCAUGGCCUAAGGUUUAUCUCAGGUGACUGGAACCAAGAAAGACACAAUGUACCCCAGGCUGAACAAUGGGAGGCCAAAGGGUGGAUGGAAGCUCAAGCCUUUGCCCAAUGGAGAUGGUCGACGCCAGCUGUAGCAACAUGCCGCAAAACCACCGUGAAAGACUAUGUGUUUUUGUCCCCGGAAGUCCUGCCUUAUGUCCAAGAUGUUCAAUUGGAUUGGACCGUUUUUCCAGAUCAUGCUGUCAUCCAAGUCCACUUGUCAGAUGUAGGAAGGCCACCCUUGGUUCCGAUGUGGAGGAAGCCUGCCCAAAUUGAUUGGCCAGACAAACCCAAGCAGAUGCCAUGGGAAACCAACAUAGCCCCUUGUGAAGACACAGACAUGUGGUACCGUCAAAUUUGGCAUGACAUGGAAACUUAUGCUUCCGAGCUGAAUGCUGCACAGGGUAAACCGCCUCUUACUGUCAGCCAGACAGGUAGAGGAAGUACCACUGCUGUCAAAUGGACCCAAGAACAAACCGCUCCAAUCAAAAGCAACCGUCAUGUGGACAUCCAAUCAGCCUUAUCAACCAGUUCUAUGCAGUACAGCCGGUGGACCAAACAAGUCCGAAGACUCCAACACUAUGCAAGGUGUGCCGCUGCUCCCUGCAGUAGCACCGUCGCUGAACACCGUGCGUGUUUGUGGAGAAAAAUCAGGUAUGCCACAGGGUUUCGAGGGGGUUUCCAAGUUUGGUGGGCCCAUUUGCCUAAGCAGUUUUAUCACACUCCCUUGGUUUUGCCACAUACGCCACCGGAUGGGGAGGUUGCUUUUGCAAUUUUCACAGAGUUCACCAUGCACUAUAAAGCCCUUGAGACCAGCCUGGUCCAUGCCAAAACCAUGCACGCAGCCCAACGUAGGAACCAAGAUCCUUUACAGAUCUACAGAGACCUGCAAAAAGAGCGUGCCGAACCUGUCCAAACAGUGGUACUGGAGGAGAACUAUCCAGUAAUCAGCAAACAACACAUGGAAGGUGACCAAAUGCUGCUCCACCUGGAAAAGCUUAUCCCUGCAGGCAUCCAGAGCUUUGCCAUCAAUGACAUUGCCACCGCAGUGGAAGUUGUAGAUGACCAGACUCUUCGAGUCCCACAGCAAGUUGGAGAAGCAUGUCACACAGGUAUCCAAGUACAUACAAUUGAAGCUGACGCCACCAAAGUCCUUCAGGCGUUCGAAAAAGAAUGGGCCCCACGGUGGUUGAAAGCAGGUCAUGAAGAGCCUGAACAAUGGGAAGCCAUCGUAGGAUUUAUGCAACAUGCAAUGUCACCGAGACAAGCCCAAUUUCCGCCGAUCACACCUGUGGUCUUUCUCAAAGCAGUUGCCGCCAAACGCAAAUAUGCAGCCAUUGGUCCUGAUGGAGUCUCUAGAAGAGACAUUUUGCACAUGCCAGCCAACACCCUUGCCAGUCUAGUGGAACUGCUUCACCGGAUUGAACUUGGCGCCAAAUGGCCAACACAGGCCACCACAGGGAUUGUAGCCGCAUUGGCCAAAACUGCAGGAGCCAAAACAGACAUGGAGUUCUAUCAGAGCACGCCAAUGCCUGCGCCACCUGAUGAGCAUUAUCCCAAGGUGCCACUUGCCAAGAUCGCCCAACAUCUUGGUAUUCCUGACCAAGUCAUGAUUCCGUGGAACAACGCCCUCCUCAGCAUGACCAGGAGAUUCCAAGUUCGAGGAGCAGUAGGGAAUGCCUUGUCAAGCAACCGUGGUUACCCAGAAGGCUGCGGACUAAGUGUAGUCAUCAUGGUUGUAGCCAACAUCACCGCUGAACUUUGGUUGUACUAUAGAUUUCCAUCUAUUAGGCUCUGGUCGUUUGUUGAUAACAUUGAAGCCACAGCAGCCACAGCCGAAGAAGCCAUCAACGCCUUGUCAGCCUUAGGUGACUUUUGCGCCCUCAUGGACCUCAGCAUUGAUCCUUGCAAGACGUAUGCCUGGUCCACAACAGCAUCCGGUAGGAAAGCCAUCCUUGAUAGCCAAUUCCACAAAAAGCUCUACGCCCGAGACCUUGGAGGGCACAUGUGCUACUCCAAGUUGCGAACCAAUGCCACAGUGCAGGAUAAGAUCAAAGAGUUUAGUCCUUUUUGGUUUCGACUUGCCAGGUCACAGGCGCCGUUCCGGCAAAAAGAAAGAGCACUCUAUGUUUGUGCGUGGCCAAAUGUGUUUUACGGCAUCAGCACAGUGACGUUGGGAGCCAACCACUUCCAACGGCUACGAUCACAGUGUACCCGAGCCUUAAACACCAACCAAACAGGAGCCAAUCCAGAUUUGCAGCUCUCAUGCAUUUGUAAUCCACUUGCCGACCCAGAGCUCUACAGUUUGCUUGCGACAGUGCAAGCCUUCCGAAACCAUGCUGACCUUGACCUAGCCCAAUACGCACUUGAACAUUUGGCCUCUGGAGGUAGUGCAUCUCAAGGGCCCUGCACUAGUUUUCUUUCGGCCAUACACAAAGUAGCUUGGCAUUGGAAAAGCGCCGACAUGUGUAUUGACCAAGAUGGCAUACCCAUCCAUGUGAUGUUUUGCCCCAAAAUUGAGCUGCGCCAGAGGCUCAUUCAAGCGUGGCAACAAAGGGUUUUAGCCACAACAGAAGAAAUCAGAACCACCAUGAAGGGCAUGUCUCAGGCCGAUGUCCAACUUACACAGAAAUGCUUCCGCAGUUUGCCGGAAGACCAUCAGGGUUUAAUGAGAUGUGCCUUGAAUGGAACCCAGUACACCAACGAUGCACUUUCCCAUGCUGGAGUUGUUGACACUGCGGAUUGUAGGUUUUGUGGACACCGAGACAGCCUUUUUCACCGGACAUGGGAGUGUUUGUUUUUCCAGCAUCUGAGGGAUUCAAUGCCUGAACUGCCCAAGAGUGAUGCCAUCACGAUGUGCACAGCUUGUCAUGGAUGGCUGCCAAGAGCCCCCCAACUGACGGAGCUCACAGCCACGUUUCUGGAGGUGCCUGACCAAACAGCCAAAUUUGACAAUGUGCAGAUCUCAUGUGAACUUAGAUUCAUUGACCUUUUUCUUGACGGAAGUUGCCUGCCUCCAAGUGAUCCAACCACCAGAAUUGCUAGCUGGGCAGUUGUUAUUUGGGAUGGAAACCGUUUUCAACAUCUGGCCAGUGGAGUUGUGUCAGGGUGGCGCCAGACUAGCCUCCGUGGUGAGUUGACCGCAGCCAUUUCAGCGUUAAAAUUUUGCACAGGUCAGACGCGUCCAUGUAGACUUUGGUUUGACAAUGAAAAUGUGCAGGUGACGCUGCAACAGUGGAUCAAUGGUUUUGAGGUGCCGUGGCAGCAUAAGCAAGACAGUGACCUUUGGUUUCAACUGGACUCUCAGUUUCGACAUGCCAAAGAUAUCCUUUCCGCUGCCAAUAAAGUGCAGGCGCAUGCGUGCCCAAUGCAUCAGGAUACCGCCAUAGAUGAGUGGGCGGCCUCGUCAGUUGUGGCACCGGCUACAAUACCAAAGCAGAUCCAAGCAUCUCAUGCAGAACCAGUUGAUGCUGGCAUUUCAUUGCUGGCUACCAAGAAUGUGGAAGACCUUCCAAAACAACUGCAGGUUGACGAAACUGCCUACGUUUUGGAAUGGAUUCGUACGUUGGUUGAAGAAGAGCAUGGAGUGACGUGGGUUUCGUACCAUCAACUGCUGGUGGACUACCAGAUACAAACUGGUCGAUUAGGACCCUUCACCAAUGGAAGGAAGUGGGUUGCCAGGGAAGUUGACAAUGUUUACUGUUAUCCGCAGCAAGUGCAGUGGAUGGGGAGAUUCAUGCAAAACCUAGCUAAAGCAGCCGGACAAGGCCUAACCACUGAUCAACGAAGACCUUCCAGUCUGGUCCUCCCCUUUUGGACGGGUUGCAUCCGAGUUGCCAUGGACCAAUCCAGGCUCACUGAAGUUGAUUCCCACUUCAAAAGUAGAUUCUUGAGCGAGCAACCGCCUCCGCUUUCCGAGCAGCUGCUUCCGAUGAAAGGGUAG